AUGGUGGAGGAGGAAGCCAAGAGCUUACCUAUGGAGCUGAGCGAGAAGGAAGGUGUGGAGAACAACGGAUUUGUUCAAAAUGAGGUUUUUGAUGACAAGGAGACCGAUACCAGUACCCAAGAAGAAAUGCCAAAAACAUGCGUUGUUGAUGUGGACCCAGCAGCUACGGAGGAGCUGGUGUUGAAGCCGUAUGCGGGGAUGCCAAAGGAAGUCUUGCUGAAGUUCUCCAGCCAAGCCCGGUACAGAGUCACCAGGGAGAUUCUCUUCUGGCUCAUAAUUGCUGCUGCCAUCAUGCUUGUGUGUGCUACGAUUACGAUUAUUGCGCUCUCUCCAAAGUGCCUUGACUGGUGGCAGGCUAGUCCUAUUUAUCAGAUCUAUCCUCGUUCCUUCAAGGACAGCAACAUGGAUGGGAACGGGGAUCUGAAAGGUAUCCAAGAAAAACUGGACCAUAUUACAUAUUUGAAUAUAAAAACCAUCUGGAUCACCUCUUUCUAUAAGUCCCCCUUAAAAGACCUUGGAUAUGGUGCUGAAGACUUCUAUGAUAUUGAUCCCAUGUUUGGAUCAAUGAGCGAUUUUGAGAAUCUGCUUGCAGCCAUCCAUGACAGAGGGCUAAAGGUGAUAAUGGAUUUAGUACCAAACCACACAAGUGACAAACACCGAUGGUUUCAGCUGAGUCGCAAUCGGACUGGGAAGUACACGGACUACUACAUCUGGCAGGACUGCACGCAGGCUGCUGGUUCGGUCAUUCCUCCAAACAACUGGGUGAGUGUCUUUGGGAACUCCAGCUGGCAGUUUGAUGAUGUGAGAAAGCAAUGUUAUUUGCAUCAGUUUGGGAAAGAACAGCCAGACUUAAAUUUUUACAACCUUGCUGUCCAACAAGAGAUCCAUGACAUUAUCAAAUUUUGGCUCGGCAAAGGAAUCGAUGGAUUUAGUUUCAGCGCUGCUAAAUUUCUUUUAGAAGCAACACAUCUCCGAGAUGAGCCUCAAGUGAACAAGUCCCAGAAUCCUGAGAGUAUCACAGCCUAUUCCCAGCUCUACCAUGACUACACAACCACACAAGUUGGUAUGCAUGAUAUCAUCCGUAGCUUCCGUCAAACCAUGAAUCAGUUCAGCAGUGAACCUGGCCGAUACAGGUAAUCAUUGUUACAG